AUGAGGACAGUGAUACAUAUUAUAGUACUCCUUGUGCUUGUGCUUCAAAUCCAGCAAACAGUCUCCCAGUUAGUACAGUGUUAUGCCAAUUUUAACCCAACAAAUGGAGCAUGCAGCAAUAUUUUGGGGGAAGUGGAACUUGAUGACUGUUGUAUGAACCCUGGAUAUGGGUAUCAGGAUAAAGAUAGUGUUUGCCAGUCUUGCAGGUAUCCUACAUGGACCUCGUGGUCCCACUGGAGUGCAUGCUCAGUGACUUGCACUGAGGGAGUGAGGCAGAGACAACGUUCCUGCUAUGGCCUUGGAAAAUGCAGUGACCCUUACCAUCUAGGAAAGAUACAAACUGAAUCUUGUGAAUCUGUCAAACACUGUCCAGAAAAUGGAGCAUGGUCUGAGUGGGGUGCAUGGGAGCCAUGCUCAGUUACAUGUGAAAGAGGAUUCAGAACAAGGACGAGGACCUGCUCUAACCCCCCUCCCAAAUAUGGUGGUGUUUGUGAGGGUCACAGCCUAGAAGCUGAAACUUGUGACACGGAGACUGUCUGCCCAACUCAUGGAGGCUGGUCUGCAUGGGGUAACUGGGAUGCAUGUAAAGAGACAUGUAAAGUAGAGGGGUUAUUGGCACCUGAACAGUACAGACACAGGACAUGUACAAACCCUCCACCAUCCCUUGAACCACGUGGCAAUAAUUGCUUAGGCUCAAACGUAGACACUCAAUCCUGCACAGGACUACCUUUCUGUCCAGUGAAUGGAAACUGGGGGGAUUGGUCAGCGCCCUCUGAUUGCUCUGUGACAUGUGGAGUGGGAAAAAAGACACAGUAUCGUGAAUGUGACAAUCCUGCACCCAAAUAUGGAGGCCGAGACUGCCAAGGAGGAAAUACCAAAAUACAGCUCUGCACUGUUCCGAAAAACUGCCCAGUGGAUGGACAAUGGACUGAGUGGUCUGAAUGGCUUCCCUGUAAUUCACCAAGUGAUAGGUCAGUUACAUGCAGGAAUAGAUUUGGGAGGCGAAGGAGAUUGAGAGAAUGUGUUGCCAAGGAAUAUGGAGGAGCUUUCUGUGAUGGAGUAAAUGUAGAUUUCGGCCGCUGCUAUGACAUUGAAGGCUGUAAAGAUGGGCCUGAUCAACAAAUACCAGAAGCUCUGUGGUCAGAAUGGUCGAAAUGGAGUUACUGUAAACCUGACUGUGGAGAAAAUUCAUCACAGACAAGGAAGCGAACGUGUCUACCCGACAUCUCAAAAUACACUGAGCCGUUUAUUGAAAUAUUCGCAGGAAAACCUGAUAUUACCUGCCCACCCUUGGAAAUAACAGAAGAGACCAAAUCAUGUAAAAAUCUUCCACCAUGCUAGGCCAGGUCAUCAGAAAUGGAAAAUGAAUUUUUAAAAGAAGCUUUAUCAACAACGUUUCCUAGCUUUUCUUUCUCUGAUGCCUGUUUGUGUAAGCUUUCUGUCUGCCAGUGUGUCUCAAAAACACGCCUACUGCUGAAUGGACUGCACUAAUGAGGGCGGUGUGGUCAUUUUAUUCCCAUCUGAAAUGCAUCUGUAACAUUUCUAACGAUGUGGACUACAAAUAAAAUCUUAGAAUCUUACAAAUAAACGUUUCUGUUAAAAUAGUUACACAUACAAUUAUAUAGUAUGGGGCAUUAGGCCCUGUGGGGUCUUUAGCCCCAC